UGCCCACUCGUUAGCCAUAUGUAGAAUCAACUGAGUCCUUUUUUUUUUACGAAGAGCAAGAUCAACACCAAAUACAUAGCCAAAAACCACCAAACCAUUGCAGGCAUGUUUGAUAAAUUGAAGCUGCGGAAAGCCCCGCUUUCGCUUAGUUCAGUCAGUAACGCUAUCCGUAACUCAGGCUCUGCCAGCUUAACGCCCGAAUUACCAGCAAAACACCUUAAAAUCGUGGCUGGAGACCAGUUGGGACUUCCCUUAAACUCCGUGGUCGCAGCGGCAUAUGAUCCUGUUCAGUCGCUCAUUGCACUUGCCACAAAACGGGACUCCAUCCAUGUUUAUGGUCAGAAUUGUGUCGAAGUGGUAUUCGAGCUUCGCACUUCUGGCGUGAUUUCUCAUCUCAGGUUUGUGAAGGGCAUCUACUUGGUAUGCAUUGAGACCUCUGGAAAUGUCACCAUUCUAUCGCUUCACAAAAAGCAGAUUUUGGCCACGUACUCAGCGCCCGGAUCAGUGACUGCGGUCGAAUGUGAUCCAUCAAUGGACUGGCUUAUAUUGGGGAUGGCAAACGGGUCUGUGCUCUUCUAUGAUGUAGACAGAUUUCAUUUGACCCCUUUACGCAUCGACAAUCUACAAAAACAGGUAUUGCCAAAACAGAAGUUGUCUCCUGCUCUCUUUAUCCAAUGGCAUCCAAGAGACAUCGGCACAGUGUUGAUCACGUAUUCGCAUUGUGCCGUGCAAUACUCCUUGACUUCUGGAUUGAUUAAGAAUGCGUUCAUUUACAAAUUGACCCCUGAAUGCAAAGGUUUCGAGUUUUCUAAUAAGUUCGAGACUGGUGGUAAGAAGAAACUUUUUGGGAGCGUGAAAGAUGUUAUUCCUCGUAUGAAGGAGGCACACUAUCAUCCAAAUGGACUUCAUAUCGUAACCGUUCAUGAUGAUGGGACAUUGGUAUUUUUUGACGCGAAUGAUGGUAUGUUGCUCCAUGCAAGAACAAUGAAAGACACAUUUCUUCAUCAGGCCGGACCCUCUGUGUACCCCGAAUGUUCAAGAGAUCUAAGAAUAGCCUGGAUUACUGGGCAAGACCCAGAAGAUACGUCUAUCUUGGUGACAGGAUCAUCCGACUCACAGCCAGAUGUUAUCCAGUCUUUGGACUUUGGAUUCACUUUGAAAUACUCGUUGACCUCACAUGAGAAGCAAGGAGAUUUUUAUGCCAAUCCAGUGGAGGGGCAGAGGAAAUUCCCGGUAAACUUCAAUCGAAGACUGCAAGAGGAGGGUGCAGCUGAACACAUAGCAUGCUUAUUACCAAUACCAGCAGAGGGACAACCAUAUUUUCAUGGAGGUCAUAAUCCUUCUUAUGCAUUGGUCUUGACAAACAUGGGAGGAGUUCACUUUACACAACUUCAACCUACCACAAACCCAAUUCAAAUUCCUCCUUCAUUACAGUCCAUCAGUCCACCAACGACAUUUAGUACCGUUCAGUCUGUGCGAAAAAUUGAUUGGUAUGGGGUCAUUUCAAGUAAAAGAAUUGGGUCGCCAGCAGAUUGCUCGCUUGUCUCUGGUGGUGCUACGGUCGACAGACACUUUCCGAGAACAUUAGGUGUCGAAGAUGGUGUUAAAGAUAUUCUUGUCAGUGGUCACGAAGAUGGUACGAUUAGAUGUCUAGACGUCACAGCAGGUGAAAGACAACGAGGAGAAUACGCAAUUGAGUUCAGCUUGAAAGAUACUUUAAAUCCCGGGACAGGUUCAGCUUCUUAUAGAGUGCUGCAUGUGUCGUUCAGUUUUGAAUGUAAACAUGCAGUUAUUGGUCUUGCCAACGGCAACAUGGCUAUUUGCAAGUUCGGAAAGACGCCCACGGACACAUCAGUCAUUCCUCCUUCGAUCGAAGACUACUCCAAAUGCGCAGUACUUCACUCAAACGAAGACGCUUCCAUAGUUGAUUUGAGCAGACGAAUCUCUGGGAAAUUUGAUCUGCCUUCUUUUUUGCCCCUUUCCUUGCUCAAACUUCUGACAGAGGACAAGAUUUCCUGUUUAAAGAUGUCCAAUGCCGGAUUUUCUGCAGUUGGCUUCAAAUCAGGCAGGUUAAUCGUUUGUGACAUUGCAAGAGGCCCUGCAAUAAUUUUGAAUUUGGAGAGUAUUAAAAAGCACAUCCCAUCUGUUACUGAGCAAUGUUAUGUAACAGCGAUUGAGUUUGCAAUCAUGGAAUAUGGCCAGGAAGGCUUCUCAUCUUUGCUCAUGUUCCUUGGGACGAAUGCUGGGGGGAAUUUUCUCACAUUCAAGAUAGUUCCACAGAGAAACGGUGCAUUCGAAGUAGUGUUUGCUGACAAGUCGUUAGGCCUCAACUACCGAAGCUCAGAUACAUCAGCAGAAGCAGCAUUGGAAAGAAUCAUGCCUGUGAAUGCCACAACCGGAGAGUCAGCUGUCGCUUCAUUGGAAAUGUUUCAGAAACUAGGUCAAAACAUCUUGAUCCCAGGAUUAGUGGUUGUUUCAUCUCCAAGAGACUUGCGCGUAUUGAAAACGCCAAAACAGAAAUUAUCUCAUAAGGUUGUCGAUGAGGCAUGUGUGAGCAGUGGGAUUAUUUCAUUACUGACCAAAGGGGCUGUCCUUGCCACGGUCACAAAGUCUGGGUUCAUCAAACUUUUUUCACUUCCUGCGUUGAGUGAUAUAGCGGAUGUCAAAAUCCCAACGGACGUAUUCUCGAGAUUAAAGAUAGCGCUCAAUAGCGAAGCUGCACUUACGUCAAGCGUUCUUUAUUCCGGAGAAGUUUUCAUCAAGGUGAGUUCUAGCGAGAUUCUUAACUUGUUUUUGUAUGACCAGACAAAGAACAAGGUGUUUAAGACCAAGCCCACAGAUACACUAUUCAAUGACACGGCUAUAAUUCCUUGCCGACCAAGUGCCGGUGCUAUGCUGUGGGCGAAGGGCCAAACCACAUACAUCUCGAAUAAGGAUUUGACAUCGUUGAUAGCUGGCCCCAACAGAAAACCCGCAAAACACCUUGAAAGUGACUUGGCAUAUAAUAACAGCCCCGAUGCGAAUCCUAAUCAGUCCUACGGCACAUACGGCGGAGCAACAUUAGGAAAGGGAAAAGAAGAAAACGGCUACGUGGAGCCCGUGAGAAAGACAGCAACCAGUAAUCCUUACGCGAUGGGAACUCAGAGAUUUGUUCGAGGAUUGCGAGACGGUCUUGACUCAGUGGAGGAGCAAGUAAACAAUUACGCCAGUGGAUUUUCAGAGGCCAUGACAGACACCGUUGACUCUCAAAAAAAGAGCAUGUACUCCCUGGCCUUCAAGAGUAAGUUUGGAUUCUAGAGGCUAAUUAUGAGCUAAAUUUAAUCAGUGUCUAGCUCAAUUUAAUUGCAACGUGGAACUAUCAAGAUGCGCCAGGCUAUAACGCUGAGAGCGGCCAAACGAAAAUCAAAUAGAUAUAACCUUAAGCAAUUUAGGGUUAUUAAAUACUAUAAUUCAUCUGUUAAGGAAGCGUG